AUUUAAUCCAGACUCCCCAAGCCUUUAACAGGAAACCAACUGAAAGAUGUGAUUGUCUAGAAAGCCAAAUUAUCUUUAGAAGAGACUUGUAGAUCAUGUUUAUUUUGCCCAAAGUUGCUGUGUAAACAUUCACUGAAAAAAACAUGUGGAGAGUAUUUGCGGCGCUGUUAUUACCAUUAAUGUUUGAGGACUCGUUUGAAGACUCGGGUUCCACCGGCCAUAAACCACUCCCACUAAUUCAGCCAAAAACAUUUUUGGGAAUAACAGUGUGUAAUGUUACACAAUUCCCCAACUCAUCCAUCCACCAGCAUGUAAUAAACAUCAGUGACAAUGUCUUCAACCACACCACUGGAAUUCUCAGCAAUAGGAUAAUUCCAUUCACCUAUGUCUUGGCAAUCAUUAUUGGAAUCCCCUCAAACAUCUUUGUGUUAGCUUGCCUCAGUAGAAAAAUGGAUUUUUCCAGUGGCAUCCUGUAUUUUAGCCUAGCAGUUUCAGAUCUACUCCUGUUAGUUUCUCUUACACUUAGAGUCCAUUAUCACCUCAAUAAUAACAGCUGGAUCUUUGGAGAGCUCGUCUGCAAGUUGGUGACUGCCUGCUUUUACGGUAACAUCUACUGCUCGAUCCAUGCCCAUAUGUGUAUUUGUGUGAUGCGAUACCUUGCAGUGGUUUACCCAUUCCAUUACAGGGGAUUGCCAAAAAGAUCCUGUGCGAUCUGUGCAAGUUUAACAGUGUGGGUGGUUUUUACAAUUGCGAUGGUACCAGAGUUCCUGAUUCAGCAGAGCUACCACGUUUACGGGCAAGAGAUCAUAACAUGUCAUGACAUCCAGCCCUAUUACGAAAAGUCUUACCAAGAUUUAAUUCCAUAUAGAUUAAGCCUGAUGUGCCUGGGAUUCAUCCUGCCCUCAUUGAUCAUCACCUUUGUUUAUGGAUCUAUCAUCCAUCACCUAAAUCGCUCCAGCCGUGACUGGGAACACUACAUCAAGGCAAGCACACUGGUGUUUGGGAUCUUUUUAGUGUGUUUUACCCCAAGUAGUGUAAUCCAUUUUGUACACUAUGUAAAGCUGUACACUCAGCACCAAGAUGGCUUGUAUCAGUACUACAGAGCAGCAGUGUGUCUGUGUUCCUUCCACAGCUGUCUAGACCCCUUCCUCUCUUAUCUCCUAACUAAGACUUCAACAUCCCGGUCUAAGAUUAGAUCAUUUACUUCUGGAGCUCAGAUGCCUUCAUCCAUUCUCUAAAGCCUGGCGAUUUCUAAACACGAGGAUGUUUUGCUAUGGACCCUGCAAGGAGGACUUCCUUGUCUACAAUGGUUCAACAGUGGGUUAAGGAUGUUGUGUUUGGACUAAAUGCUUCUAACUCUGUCCCUAAGUAGAGUCUGUUAACAGUUUACAUUGUGAAAGAAUACCUAUGUACAUUUAUAGCACAAGCUGUGAACAUAAAAACCAAUUCAAGGAGAAGUUAAUGUUUUUGUGACCAAAAAGAACAUUCUGGUCCAAUUAAUUCACCAACGCUAAAGUAAGGGAUAAUUUACAGUCAAGGCAACUUAUAAAUGAAUAAAUGAAUGGACAUGAAA